AUGGAGGUAGUUUUGAAAGCCGCAUUUUUAUAGUCCUUGUUGGUGGUUCAGACAGAAAGGCGCUCUUCGGCGACGAAUCGCCGGGCCAAACGGCUGCCUCAACAGGCGAAAACCCAUCCAAUCGUUCAAGCCAAACAGAAUCAGGUUGGUUUGUGAGGAAGCGGACCCAAGGUAAAAAUACAAGUCAACAUGGUUUUUGUUUGAAAUCAGAAAUAAUCUCUAAAAAGCUGGAAUAUUUUCCUACUGAUUAAAUAAUUUCAUGUUGUGGGUAUUACUUCUUUUUUUGACGGUUCGACUAGCUUUCAGAAAACUUUUUACUCUAAAUGACUCCAUAGAAAAAUGCUCUCAAAAAAUGGUCCCUAUAGGGGUUUUGGCGUCAGGCCUUUUAGUCCCCAAAGUUCAAGUGAUCCCUCUAGGGGUCUUUCAAUUUUUGUUCAUGUUCGAAAAUGUAAAAGAUGAACAUGAUCAAUUUGUCUUAUGUUAAUAUUUUCAUUCAAAAAACGCUUAAUUGUACAGUUAUUUCGCAUGAAAUUGCUUCUUCUUAUAGUUUUCAUAACAGUAAUCGACUGGCAUGCCUCUAUAAGGACCACUCUGGAGUUCUCAUAUAGAAAAUUCUCUCAAGUUUUCAAUUUUGGGUGAAAAGUUGAGGUUUAUACUUUUAGUCUAAUUUCUUUCCAUUCAACUCCUCUUGAACUUGACUUCCGCCGAUUAACAUUAAGAACUCGUUGAGAGUUUCAAUACGUCUUACCCGAAAAAAGAUCUCGGCAACACUUCUCGGAAUUUGCUUUGUGUGAAGAAAAAAGGGCGACCUUGAAGCCUAUACGGCCAUUGUUCCUGGGGAUUUCUUGUCAUUUUCUCCUUCAGAUGUACCUCAUCACUACCCUCGUCUCUUCAAAUGAUCAGGCUCCCAUUAAUAGAAAACUGCCCAACGAGUUGAUUUUGAGGUUUUUGAAGAUUUCGGGAAAAUUAUAUUUUCUGGGAUUUUCAGAAUUUUUUCGUUCCUUGAUGUGAAAUCGUUGUGCCGCUGCGCACAAACCUGCCGUGCGUGGAAUGUUCUAGCGCUGGACGGAUCCAACUGGCAAAGAGUUGACUUGUUCACCUUCCAGAGGGAUGUCAAGGUAAAGGGUGUUCAAAUAGGUGCAUGUAAAAAUAGGCGCGAAAGUAGCAAAUAUUCAGAAGAAAGUUGGGAAGCAUGAGCCGCAUUAGGCUAUUGCGUCGAGAGGAGUUGCGCUCCAAGGCAAACAUUUUCUGAGUUUUGUAAUUACUCGGGCCACCCUUGCUGUAACUACUAUAGUGAUCACUAGAAAUGCCCCGACACUCCCGAUUUUUUUCGAUUUAUUUCUAUAAUUUUUAUAAGAGUAGCAUGUGUUACAAAAAAAUGAAUCUGUAAAAUUAAAAAAAAAAUUGAGCUUUAUUGAAAAACGUUUUUUUACCCAAUUUUCUUACAAAAUUAAAAAAAAGGUGAUCAGGAAUAUUUCUGGAAAUUUCAUUUUUCUCGUUUCAUUGAAACUUUUUGGGGGUCUCGAUCUUUUGACAGUUAGUUUUUUUCACUAUUUGUUUCGUCGAUCUUCUUGUCCCUUUUUUCAUCUUUUUUUUUUGAUUUAGUUGAAAAAGAGUCACUUCUAAAAGUGACCUGAUAAGAAUUUCAAAAAAAAAAGCGAGCUGAUAAGAAUUUACUUCAAAUGAAGUUUUUCGCGGGGCCAUCAAUUAUGACUUAUCAAGGUAAAAAUCCCGUUGUCGCUAUUUUCCGCGCUAUUUCUUACCGGCUAAUAGUUCACGUAUCCUUGGAAGAAUCGAUGAAUUUAAUAUUCGUUUUUUCCAGGCCGCCGUCAUCGAGAAUUUAUCUCGUCGUUGCGGCGGCUUCCUCAAAGAACUUUCCCUGAAAGGCUGUGAGAACGUCCAUGACUCGGCUUUGCGGACUUUCACCGCAAAAUGUUCAAAUAUAGAGUUUUUGAGUUUGUAUCGCUGCAAAAGGGUGACCGAUGCGUGAGUUUGAGAAAUUUGAAUUAACAAUUUCGGAAUUUUCUUUCAGUUCCUGUGAGAAUCUUGGCAGGCAUUGCCAUAAACUGCAGCAUCUGAACCUCGAGAACUGUUCGGCCAUUACGGAUCGCGCUCUCAAAUAUAUUAGGUGAGCAAAAAAAGAAAUGCUCCGAUUUGACUGUCUGUCCUGUCUGCGCCUCUUUUCUCUCACCGUAAAGGUUACAGAAACAUGAAAAUAACACGUAAAAGUGAGAGACCGCUUCAAGUGAUUGCAAAAGAUCAAUAUACCGCUGGGAAUAUCUAGCAUUCAUAGAUUUUUAGUUCGUAGCGAAAAAGUUUAUAAAAAAAAUUAAAUUGAAGUUAGACACCUUACAAACUAAUGCAACAACAGGGAUCAGUUAUAUUCCUAUAAAAAAACAUUUUUUUAGAGAAUUUUUCGAAUUUCAAAAAAAAGGUUAGUCUCAAAUUAUUGGUUAAUGAUACCAUGAGACCUGAUUCAAAGGUUUUGAGGGGAUUAAAAAUAGACCUCAAUUUCUAAACUCUUGGUCAUGAAUUAUUGAACCAUUGAACUUACAUUAUUUACUACAAUUUUUUUAUUUGAUAUAAAAACAAAUAAUGCAUGAAAGAAAUUUGUUAAAACUAUAUCGUCAAGUAGAGGAAAAAUGUAUAUGAAAAAAAUGGAAGUAUUUCAAUAUAAGAACUUCAAUGGAAAUCUGUUUUUCUCUUCCAGUGACGGCUGUAAAAACCUGCGGUACUUGAACAUCAGCUGGUGCGACGCGAUACAGGACAAAGGAGUCCAAAACAUUCUCAUCAAUUGUAUUCAACUGCACACAUUGGUCUUGCGCGGCUGCGAAGGGGUCCGUUUUCCGAAAAAUAGUUGAUUCGUCGCUGGCUCCAGUCAAAAUAACGAUGAACUAGAAAUAAAACUAGCUUAGGAGCUACAAAGUGGCAAAUUAAGGGACCUUUAAGGUUCACCUCUAGGGACCACAUUACCUCUCUUCAUAGAGGCCAUUAGAGCUUAAAAAAGUGGCCCUUUUGGGGUUUUUAGUUGGGUGCCCCUAGAGUUAACAGGUCAACCGAUUAUUGUUAGGAGAAGCUUUUUCAGGUGAAAAGUCAAUAAAUUAAGGUUAUUCGGAUCAAAAUUUCAACAGGGGGAAUGAGCAAGUUUUUUUGUUUAAAUUUCGAACCUGAACAAAAAGUUAGAAGACGCUAUAGGGACCACUUCAGCUUUUGGCGCUUAUAGUGGUUAUUCUUUCUCUUAACCCCUAUAGGGAUUACUCUGACGUUCUGAGAACAGCAAUCUCCGAGAAGGUCUUUGAACGAUCAAAUGAAAAUAUUUAAGCAACUUUUGAAUUUUUGUACUCAGCUCUAUAAAUUUUGCAAUCAUCAAAGAACAAAAUGAGAUUUCUGUCCUUCCUCUUCUAGGUAACUCGAAAAGUUUUCGAAAAAGUUUGAAAGAUCUAGGGAAUUUUAAGAGCCAGAGAUAAAUGAAAAACUCCAUUUUAUAGCCAAUUUCACCAUUUUUCAGCUAACGGAACGUUUAUUUGCACCCGUCGAAAAGCAUAUGGGUAACUUGAAGAAUUUGAACAUGCUCUCGUGUUUUGUGAGUUCUUCUUCGAGGGAUAUAUCCAAUAAAAAGCGUUUUAGGUAAAUGACGAUACGGUAUCUAAUAUUGCAAAUGGAUGUGAAGGCCUGGAGUACCUCUGCCUGUCCAAUUGUACCCAUAUCUCGGAUCGAUCUCUCCAGCUUUUGGCUUCUAAAUGUCAUGAAUUAACGUGAGUCGAUUUUUUGAAAUUGUAUUUUUCAAGCUAGGAAAAAAUUAAAACUUACCAGUAGGGUAUAGAAGUCAAAACUCUCAAAAAAUUGCUCAUUUUCUCCUUCAAAUUCAGUUUUUUUCCAAGCAAUACAUAAAGCAAGUUGUGUGUCAAGUUCUCAUCAGAAAAAAACCUUUUUCUUGGCUAAAAAAAGGACAAAAAAAUAUUGGUUUUUUUGGCUUGUAUCAGCUUCAAUUUUUAAAAUUUUUUUAGAGUUUUUUUCGAGUCAUAUGUCGCUUCUCUAUUGAGAAAAAAAUACGGCAGACACCUCGAAUUUAAAAAAAUAAAUUUGAAGGAAAAAAAUAGUUUAUAAUACUAGUUUCUUGAGUUUUUCCGUGUACGCUUUGACGGAGAAAAAAAGUUUUUCAAGCUCGAUUUUCUGAUUUUCAAAUAGAUGAUACGCUUUUUUUAAACGUUUUUUUCUAGUAUUGUAAGAGAAGUAGAGCAAACUCUAAAAAAAAACGGUCAAACCCUUGAAAAAAGCCUUUUUUGUGUAAAGUGACAUUAGUCCCAGUACGUCUGAGCUAGAGUUCAGCAAUAUUUCAAAUAUUUCAACUUUUCGAUGCCCUCUUUAGGGGAAAUCAUCAAACAUGAAAAGAAGUUAUUUUAAUCUUUCCAUGUUUCCAGGGACCUCGAACUGUCCGGCUGCCAGCUUUUAUCAGACAACGGCUUUCACCCAACUGACGAAAGGCUGCAAAAAGCUGCAGCGGAUCGACAUGGAGGACUGCUCUCUCAUAACCGAUGUCACCAUCCAGGCGCUUUCCACCAACUGUUCGACCCUUCGCGAACUGGUUUCCAUAGCCGCGGCCUUUUCGGCGAUUUCCGAAGCGUUUUCAGAGUCUAUCGCACUGCGACCUGAUCACCGACGAGGCCGUCCUCAGCCUUUGCACCAAGAACAAAGAACAUCUCCAGGUGAUUUCUGGCUGUUUUCCAGGAUUAGCGAGUCGUUUGCAGGUGCUGGAACUGGACAACUGCUCGUUGCUGACCGACACGACCCUCUCGCAUCUCCGACACGCCCGCGUUCUCAAGAGAAUUGACCUUUACGACUGUCAAAAUAUCUCCAAGGAGGCCAUUCAACGAUUUAGGGUAAACGAAUGGAGAUUUUGAAAAUGUUAAUCGAAAAUCUUCUUGCUUAGUUUUGGAACAGCUUUCUCUGCAUUUUAGAAAAGCCAUUCUUGGAAAGGCCAAAGUGGCCCCUAUGGAGGCAAGCUUAGGGGCCCUUGAAGGCUCCCUCUAGAGACCACCUUUCUUCCACCUAUAGGGUUCACUAAAGCUUGCAAAAGUGGCCUCUUUAGUGGAAAAUGCUGGUCAACGAUUGUUUUGAGUCUAUAAGAAGAAACAUUUUCAUGCGAGAAUCUCAACAAGCUGCCGUUUUUGAAUGAAAAUAUGAACAGAGCAUUAAUUGAUCAAUUUUCAUUAAAAACGUCUCUUAAUUUUGACAAUUUCCCUGUAAGGGACCACUCUGACGCUGCUAAGUUGGUUAGAAUCCACUGUUGAAGUUUGAGGGGCACCUUUUUUUCCGUGCCAUAAUAAAAUGUUAAGACUGAAGAUUUUUUGUAUUAAUUUAAUCUGUUCAAAAUUUUUUUCACAGUAUGACGUCACGCAAGUUCAUAAUACGGUGAAUCAAGUAAUCUUGAAAUAAAUGAAGGUCGUUACCGAAAUCUCAUGUUAUUCUCCUAAAAAGUCUCCUUUUUCAUGAAAAAACUCACGAAAGAGAUUGAUCUUCCUGAAGUUUUUCCUAUUUUCCCCAAACUUCAGCAUCACCGUCCCCACGUCGAGAUCCAUGCCUACUUCGCUCCAGCGACGCCGCCGGCCAGCCACGCGGGCAACCGUGUAGGUAAUGGUUACCUGUUACCUGCAAAAGCUCAUUAAUAACUCUUUCCAGGUAUCUGUCGGUGCUGUGUGAUCUUAUGA